UAUUUUUUUUAAAUCUAAUUAUUGCAUGAUAUUUUAAUGAUUUGGAUUAAUCAUAAAAGAAAAACUAUAUUGAAUGAUUGUUAUUCAUGGAUUGUUAUCUUGAUAUCUUGGAGAAAGUGUAAUUGUAUGUAGCGAAAAUAUAUCGAUGCGAUGCUACUCACGUAUCAACUUAGCUGCUUUCGUGAUAUAUAACUCUCCACAGAGUACUUUAACGUCAGAAUGUGUUUGAUAUUCAUCAGUGAUAAUAGUGUCAUUUGUUUAGAAAAAAACUUUCAAAUUUUUUAUAAAUUAUAAGAUGUUGAAAUAUAUUAUAUUUUUUUAUAUUAUGUUUUUUUCGGUAUAUGCCGAAUCAUCCAUUCAAAGUGUAAAACCAACAAAUGUUCUUGGCACUUCUGAUCAGCAUGCGUCUUUCAGCUUUAUUAGACCAGGUUUAAUACAAACAGCUUUUGCUUUUAAUGGCCCUAACUCACACCAAUCAUUUAGUUCCAAUAUUGGAAAUCUUCAGUUAGCGCAAAAAGUUUUACCAAAUAUUGCUAACGCUCUUGCUUAUAAAAAUUCUGGUUUAGGUGUAUUUCCUAUCGCACAUGGCUAUGCAACUACACCUACUUUUGUUUCUUCUGCACCUACAUCGUUGCCUUAUCAAGCUUCUGUUGAUCCAGUUAAUGCAGUAGCUUAUUAUCAACAGUUACAACAAUUUCAACAACCCCAUAUACAUGGCUAUUCACCAGCUAAUGCAUAUCAAACACAAUUAGCGCAAUUAUUUUCAUUACGGCAAGCUCAAACUCAAACUCAAUCUCAAGAAAAUGUCCAAGCUACACAGUCUCAUACACAAGUUCAUCCUGAACAAAUUCAGUUGCAACAAGAGCAGCAACAACAAUCUCAAAAUUUAUUAGGUGUUGCUUAUUCAUCAGCACCAUUAGUAGCACGAGUGAAAGUUUCCGGAAAUGGCUAUAAAUUUGAUUUCUAAAAUAUAUAAAUAUAUUAUAAAAUGCUAAAUUUUGUAUUUUUUUUGUUAUAUUUCAUAUUUUAUUUAUUUAUUUAUUUAUAUAAAUAUAAUAAAAAAAUGAAUAGUUUUAAAUAUUACUUAAAUAAAAAGUUACUAUUUAAAA